ACGGUCUGGCUCAAGAGCGCAAGGCGCAUCGUUCACUCCUGGGGAGUAUGGGUAUCUUUGCCGUGGACGGAGUUAGCUGGUCUCACAGCCGUGCACUGCUUCGUCCUAGCUUCGAUCGUACCAACGUAUCUGACCUCGGCCAGCUGGAGGAGUUCAUGAAAAUUUUCUUCUCGAGGAUAGACGAGCUUCCCAUCCAAUCGUUCGCCCAUGCCCGGGCAGUUGAGCUUCAAGAACUAUUCCAAUGCCUCACCAUGGACUCUUCCACCAAUUUUCUCUUUGGAAACCCCAUCGGGGCUCUCGCCUCCAGGAAGUACACGCUCGGGAAUGGCGAGAUGACUUUCGACCAGGCUUUUGACAUUGCUCAAUAUGGUCUCGCUAUGAGGGCGCCGUUGUCGAGCUUCUACUGGCUGUACAACGGGGCGGAGUUUAGAAAGGCAUGUUCGACUGCCCGUACACAAGCUGCUCUCUAUGUUUCUCGCACGCUUAGGAAGCUCAACCUUGCCGAGAAGUCUGAGGGGAAAAAGUACGUCUUUCUGGAAGAGCUCGCAGAGCGAACCCAAGAUCCACAGGUGCUUCAGGACCAAGUCUUGAGUGUCAUGUUGGCUGGAAGAGAUACCACGGCAGCCCUCCUAUCCUGGACUUUUUUGUGCUUGGCGAAGUAUCCGGAGGUGUUCAAAAAAUUGCGGGCUGAAAUUUCGGAGGUUGUUGGAGUUGAUGAGGAUGCGAGAUUGCCCACCCAGGCCGAGUUAAGGGGCAUGGUGUAUCUGAGAUGGAUCAUUCAAGAAGUUCUCAGACUCUAUCCUCCGGUCCCCAUUAAUGCCCGCCGAGCCUUACGUGCAACCACUCUCCCUUACGGUGGUGGGCCGGACGGAAACUCACCUAUUUCCAUUCGCAAAGGAGAACGCAUUGUCUACUCCGCAUUCUCACUUCACCGUCGUACCGAUAUCUAUGGACCUGACGCUGGCGAGUUCCGCCCCGAGCGAUGGGGAGAAGAGGCUCUUCGUGGGAUCGGGUGGAGUUGGCUUCCAUUUAACGGUGGUCCUAGAAUCUGCCUAGGCCAGCAAAUGGCAUUAACUCAUGCUUCCUACUUUAUUACUAGAAUCAUGCAAGUCUACAAGGAAAUCACUCCACAGGAUUCCGCUCUUGAGGGUGAUGCAUACGACACCAAGUUAGUCAUGGCUUCCGGUCGUGGUGUGCAUGUUUUCCUUUCCUAG